CGAUUGGAGUUGGAUGAGAGUGUGUGUGUGUAAUUUUAUGGUUAAUUGGGACUGAGCUAAGGGGAUGGAGCCAACAGACUGUACGCACCAAUGGUACUGUCUGUUGCAGUGUCCCAGAGCUGUGUCGGGGAUUGUUUACGCAUUUAUAGGUCCAAUGUCAUGUGAUGCGGAAUUUUCACUCCAGGCUUUGCAUUUGGCCAGCCAUUUUGGUCUACACCCAACCUGCGCUAAGGAGUGAGCAGCCCUUCGGUGCUUGAGAAUGGUACUUGGUAUAUCACCAGCUAGAGGAAAGCUCCAUUUAACCAGGUGCUGAGCAUCCCCGUCUGCAUUUGGAACCUUCACUUCCCCCUCACCUCACCCCCUUUGCUGGAGAUCUGCAGCUGGACUAGAUUCUGAGGAUUUGCAGAAAAUAAGCUUCUCCAUUUGCUAUUCCAGAGGCAUAUUUUAUAUAUGAGAGAGAGAGAGAGAGAGGGAAGAUUACAGCGUGCCCUUGCUAUUGAGGCUGUUUCUAGGUUCUCUGCAGUGUCAGCACAAACUCCCUCCCUCCCUCUCCCUCUCUCUCUGUCUCUGUGUCUCUGCACUGUGAUCCCUUCGUACAGAGCCAACCUUCCUGCUGCAGGAUUUACUGUCAGCUUCCAGUUAGCUGGCUCACCAUGUCUGACCUGACUCCCCAGAGCGAUGCUCCAACACCCACCACAGACAAGAUCACCCAGGCGGCCAGAGAGACCAUCUACUUGUGCAACUUCCGCGUCUCGGUGGAUGGAGAAUGGCUGUGUUUGCGGGAACUGAAUGAUAUCUCCCUUACACCUGACCCAGAGCCCACCCAUGAAGACUCUUGGGAGGAUUUAACAGUUUGGGUGGAUCAGAUACUUGAGGAAGCAGAAGACCCGAAAGAUCCCAUUGCGAUUGAGCGGUUGAACUUGAUGAACAUGGCAAAACUCAGCAUCAAGGGUCUCAUUGAAUCGGCGUUAAACCUGGGACGGUCACUGGAUUCUGACUACGCCCCUCUGCAGCAGUUCUUUGUGGUAAUGGAACACUGCCUGAAACAUGGCCUUAAAGUUAAGAAAACAUUCCUGGGGCAGAAUAAGUCGUUCUGGGGAGCGUUGGAGGUGGUGGAGAAACUGUGCCCGGAAGCCAGUGAAAUCACAGUUAGCGUGAAAGACCUGCCUGGUUUGAAGACUCCGGUUGGCAGAGGGAGAGCAUGGUUACGUCUGGCUCUGAUGCAGAAGAAGCUGUCAGAUUAUAUGAAGGCGUUAAUUAAUCGGAAGGAUCUGCUCAGUGAGUUUUACGAAACCAACGCUCUGAUGAUGGAAGAGGAAGGAGCAGUGAUCGCUGGGCUCCUGGUUGGGCUGAAUGUCAUUGAUGUCAAUCUUUGUAUGAAGGGUGAAGACCUCGAUACACAGGUGGGAGUGAUUGACUUCUCGCUGUAUUUGAAGGACGGAGCCCACAGCAGUAAAAGUGCUGAGGGGGAUGGGCAAAUUACUGCCAUUUUGGAUCAGAAAAACUACGUGGAAGAACUUAAUCGACACCUAAGUGCAACUGUAAAUAAUCUACAAGCAAAAGUGGAUGCGUUGGAGAAAUCAAACACAAAGCUUACCGAAGAGCUUGCAGUAGCAAACAACCGAAUCAUCACCUUGCAGGAAGAGACGGAACGAAUUAAGCAGGAAAAUGCCUUCUACUCCGACUCGACUCGGAAGAAGAUGGAAGUGGGAAAGCCAGAUGGGAAUGUGGAGGGACAGGUUCCGAGACCCCCUCGCCAGGGGACAGAUGAUGUCCAUACUGAGACCAGGAAACAACUGAAGGAGGAGACGCAGCUCCGUCUGGAUGUUGAGAAAGAGUUGGAGGUUCAGAUUGGUAUGAAGCAAGAGAUGGAACUAGCUAUGAAAAUGCUGGAAAAAGACAUCUGUGACAAACAAGACGUGUUGGUAACAUUCCGGCAGCAGCUGGACGAUGUCCAGGCUCUCAACCAUGAACUGUCUCAAAAACUUCAGGGCUCUGAUAAUGUGAUUAGACAGAAGAAUGAAAUCAUUACUCGUUUGGAGGAGAAAGCGAAUCAGAUGAGCUGUACGAUUAAACAGCUGGAGCGAAGAUUGCAACAGACACAACACAACUGGCAGUUGGCUGAGGAAGCCAACUAUCUCUUCAAGCAGGAGUUUGGGGAGAAGAUCAUCAGUCUGCAGAACGAAGUGGAAAAACUCACAAAGCAACGUUCCCAGUUGGAAACGUGUUUGAAGGAGCAGAGAUCGGGUUUACACAAUGAUUCCAUUUGUGAUAAUGAUGUAGAACAAGUCAAGAGAAAUCUGCAACAAAUGGCCAAUAUGCAGAAGGAAUUGGAACAACUUCGGGAAGCAAACAAGAGACUCCAGGAAGUAGGAAAGAAUAAACCUUCAAAUGGAAUGCACCAACGCAGGAGGUCAAGCACGCACACAGUGACAGAAGCAGAAAAGGAACCUGACUGGUCAGUACUGGAAAAGCAGAAUACAAUUUGCAAACUCUGCCAAGAGGAAGCCUCAGUAACCAGGGAGAAGAAACGCUGCAGCAAUUGCCUUACCAUCGUCUGCAGUCAGUGCGCCGUCAAUGAGCUGCCGCUACCUUCCUCCAUCCAGCCUGUGAGAGUGUGUAACCCUUGCCAUGGAGCCUUAUUACAGCAGUACUCGACAACAUUGCCACCCUGACACACACGCGCGCACACACACACAGUUGAUCAACUGACAGCCGUUGAUUGAGUGGGGGGGACAAUCGAGGCACCUCUCAGCUUUUGUCUUUCUCUCAUGAGGUUAACGCACAAAUUUGUGUAAAUUCCACAUUUCACCCUGCCCCCCAAAAAACCCUUGUUUUGAUACAGUUCUGAGUGAUGCAGUUGCAUGCUCAUUCAUGCUAAUGGUAAACUCUCUCUCCUAGUGAGACAGUCUACUGAUGACCAGCAGUAAUUGUGUACUGCAAGGAGCUAAAAAAUAUCUGAAAUCCGUCCAACAUUCAGCUGCUUAACCUUUGUCUAAGGAUGAGGAGACACUAGAUUGUCUCAUUAGUGUCAUCAAAGUGCCCCUUUUUUUAAAUAAGGAAGCAAUUAACUUAAAGGGAAACAAAUGACUUAAAUGUCUAUUGUCAGUGCCCAUCAACUGACCUCCGUCUGUUAAGGUGACUUUCAUUAAAAAUAAGAGACUAGAUACUCACUUUCUGGGGCAAUUGGGAGCAGCUAUUUGGUAGAGUCAGAAGCAGAAGUCAGAACAGUCCAGCUCAACCUUGGUCUGUAAACACUUGAUACGGAAGACUGCCUUCUCUCUCGCCAUCUUGGGGUUGUAGCAUUGAGGAGGCUAUAGCUACCCCACUGAAAACCAGCAGCGCUUUUUGGGAAUUAUGUUCCUGUAUUUCUUUCUUUGAUCAACACUGAUUUAAGGAGUGUUCUACAAUCGAAAUUUAUGAUUUUGCACAUCAGGGAGAACAAAUGUUUGUCAAUCUAUGACUGUACCCAGCCACAAGAUUAGAGCUAGAGAUGCCAGGUUGAAUAAAGUGAGAGUUGUCAGAUUUGUUUUUGCCACGUGGAGUAGAUUCACAGACAAUUUCGAAGGCUAUACCUGGAAUCGCAUUUAACACAACGUACUUCAAUGUGUGGCUCAAACCAAAAGCAGAAGGUAUUUAUUUAUGUGGCUAAUGUUUGUUUUUCAGGUAUUCACACAGUUUUAAGAAGUGAAUGUACUAGGACUGUUUAUUACGAGAUUAAUACUUGUUUGAUUUAGUGAUAUUUACAGUCAUUGGAAAUCCAGCCACUAUUAAAUAGAUAGUAUAAUCUAAGAUGAGAACAACAUUCUUAAUGUGACAAUUGUUACAUUAACAUCUCUCAAAUAAAUGUGAGUUGUAUUGUGGGGCUGGAGUCCUGUUCAGUAUAAAACACCCCUGUGGAACCUUGGUGCAUUUAUUGUCGAGGUUUAACUGCACCUCCUGAUGUUCUGUCGUUAUCUAAAAUAGUGUUUGAACAAAUGUUUAAUUGUGCACGAACCUGAAACUUUCCAAGGUUUAAAAAAAAAACACCCCCUUCCAAUCCAAAAUCAAGAUAGUUAUAUAAGUACUUGGUUAAAAUUCAGUCAUGGGAUGUCAAGGCCAGUAUUUGUCCCUAAUCACCCCUUGAAGGCAGUGGCUAUUUUCUUGACUAACUACAGUCCGCCCCUGACCUUGUCUCUGCGAUAGAUUGCUCAGAUGGCAGCAGUUGAGUGCAGCAUUUAUCUAGCCCCAAACAGCCUGCUGUUGAACUCAUUAUAAGCAUUCUACACGUUACAAACUUAUUUAGACAACCUGUUCUCUCCCAGCAUCCCCCACCACUUGAAAGCACAAGGGAACAUUUUUAUCCAAGCAUGUCUCUUCUCCCCCUACCUUUGGAUGUUUCAGUCUACAUUCUGGAAUCACCUUUCUUACACUUUGUUAGAAGUAUAGCCAUCAGCUAACUUGAAUACCAACAUGUCCACAAUGGGGGUCUGUAUCUGUGCUGUAAGAACUCUUGACUCCACCUUGAGAACUGCAGAAGGGAUACUCUCUGCACUGUCGCCUACACUGAGUAUAAUUACUGUUUUCAAAAAGACUUUUAAGAGUUUCAGGUCUGAAAUCUUUCAAAUACAAUCCUGUGAAGUUAUGUUUGUGAUUGUAAAACAAUGAUUGCAGAUGCUUGAAGUCUGAAAUAAAAACAAAUUGCUGGAGAAA